CCUGGUUCGACACGGACGACUCGCUGCCGUCGCCGCUACCGGCUACAGAGGCGCCACCUCUGCCUAUGUCAGCGCCUCCGCCGCUGCUCAGCAGCCCGCUGAGCCCUACAAGCAAGAUGGCGUUCUACGAUCGGUCGUCGUCCAACCCUGUCAAGAGGUCGCCGUCGUUGACCUCUGACCCUGAGAAGAUAGAGCGGCAGAAGACGCUCGAUGAGAGCUUACGUCAGCGGCGCGAGCGACAGCGACAAAGCAUGUUCAAUUGGCAGUCGCAGCCCGAGGACACCCAGAGCCCGGAUGAGAACGGCUCGGAGAAGGAGCGCAUGAUCAUCGCAAACCUGGAGCAGGAGGAACGAAGGAAGCCGCAGCCCAAGGUAGCCAGCACGAGCUUCGAGGAGGAGCCUGCACAGAGGAGGGUUGUCAAGCCGGUGGUGACCUUCCCGCGCAUGAAGAGCCUUUUCGAUCUAGAACAGGAGAAGCUGAGGAAGCGGGAGAGGGAGCGCGGGGAGAGGGAGAACAAGGAGAUCCAAGCCUUACAGGCAGAGUACAAGACAAAGCAAGCCACACUGAGAGAGGAGGAGAGGAAGAAAAGGGAGCAGGAACAGAAGCAGCUGGAGAUGAAACAGAAGGAGGAUCCCAUCCAGCGGCAGGUGAUGUGUGAGGUGCAGAGAUAUAAGGAGGAACUGCUGAAGCCGGAUAACGAGGAAGAGGAGCGACACAUAGAGGAGCUGAUCCGCAGGAGAGAAGAAGAAGCCGAACGUGAGAGGGAGAGGUACAGGGAAGCGUGGGCGCAGAAGAGCGAGCAGAACCGGCGCGCUCUGCAGGAGGAGCGGGGAAUCGCCGACAACCUGCGCCGCGCGGAAGAGGAGAGGAAGCGCGCGGAGGAGAAGGCCAGGCGGCUGCAGGAGGAACGCCGCAGGCUGGAGGCAGUGGAGGCAGAUGCAGACGCGCGCCACUACACCCAGCUAUCACAGGAGGUAGGCUGA